AUGAGGGCGGAGAAGUGGUCGCUUGAAGCCGCCUCGGAGGGGGGCCUCUCUGAAAUUUUGCCAUCGCGAUUCAAAAUUGUCGGGAUCUAGUGACUAAUCCACUUAUCUGAUAAUCUCCCGAAAAAUCAGUCACGUGUGAGCGUCAAAUCUGAUGUAAUCAAGGUAAAACCAACCUUUGGCGACGAACUGCUCCACGACCUACAACAUUUGGCUCAGCAACCCAUCGCCACUUUGCCCUACGGUUCUCAACUUCACCACCUUCUCCCGCCUGUUUCAACGCACCUCCAUAAGUUUACAAUGAGUGGGAUCAUAGAAUGGGCUUUUGGGCGGCGCCAGACACCUGCCGAGAGGCUCCGAAAGGUUUGUUUUCUAGGUACCUGCCCCUAAGAUUGCUUUAUCAUGCUAACCACGGCCUCCCGGCAAUAGCAUCAACGAGCCCUCGAAAAGGCUCAACGAGAACUCGACAGGGAACGCAUGAAGCUGGAGCAACAAGAGAAGAAGCUUAUUGCUGAUAUCAAGCGCUCGGCCAAGAAUGGGCAAAUGGGAGCAUGCAAAAUUCAAGCGAAGGACCUCGUCCGCACACGAAGGUAAUUCGUUACCACAUUUUCGUCACUGCUACGGCAAUGUCGCGGUUGGGGAGCUUUCUCACUAGGGGAGGUGAUAGGUAUAUCCAAAAGUUCUACCAGAUGAAGACCCAGCUCCAAGCUGUGUCAUUGCGCAUCCAGACCGUCCGUUCCAACGAGCAGAUGAUGGUAUCCAUGAAGGGCGCUACCACGCUCCUUGGCUCCAUGAACCGUUCAAUGAACCUCCCCGCACUCCAACGCAUCGCCAUGGAAUUUGAAAAGGAGAACGACAUCAUGGAUCAGCGACAGGAGGUCAUGGAUGACGCCAUCGACGAUGUUACCGGAUUGGACGACGAGGCGGAAAGUGACGAGGUUGUCAACCAAGUUCUUGACGAGAUAGGUGUGGACAUGAGCCAGCUGGUGAGUGACAAAUGCCCCUCCCCUUUGGUUAUUUCCCGGACCGAUGACUGACACGAGCGGGAUGCAGCUCGGGGAGACUCCCACAGGACUUGGCAAUAUGAACGCCGCCUCGGAAGGGAAAGUUGCUCAAGCGGUCGGUGCGGACAACAUGGACGACGACCUUCAAGCCCGGUUGGAUAGCCUUAGACGUUGAUAUCUGGACAAUCUUGUUCUCUCCCACGCUGUUAUUCUUUUUAUGGGUUUGGCGUUCGUUGUUGUGUUGGUUGAACUGUGUUGACUCCUCCAAUGGAACUCGCGUUGUCCGAGUUUUGCUGUUGUUUCCUCAAGAUGGAAGGGCUUUUUGGGUUACAUUUAUCUAUCUUCUUUCCGUUUCUCGCUUGUCCUAAUUUCCUUUCCCGCCCUGUCACGUCUUGUGCUGUCAUGUUUAACCCGCUUUCUCUCCUCCCCCAGAUAAAUAUAUAAGUUAUAGUAGCAAAGAGCCACUGCGCAUUGGCCGCCUGCAAAAGAAAGUUGACAUUCCCAAGCGGACGGGUUCCGGGAAAAGCCAGGCAGGAGAGUGGAGGGAGAAGAAAAAAGAGCUCGAGAGCUCGGGUAGACUAGCCCUAUGAGAGGGUGCGUAAAGAAUACAGUAAAAGAAUUUAAUGAAGAAUAAAAAUAAAAAUAAAAGAUUGAAAUUGGAA